GUAAAAUAAUUCCGAUCCAUACUAUCGUUCAAACAUUGAUAUACCAGCCAACAGAUGUAUUUGUGUCAAAUUUGUUUUAAAUCCUGAGUUCUGAUGCUUUCCAAAUAGCACAUAUUUGUCAAUUGUGGAAGCGGCAAGAUGGCAGCAAAAAUAAGUAUGAGGAUGAUGUGGCAAUGUGGAACAGCUACUCGAGUUAUCUUUAGGACUCCUAGAGAAAGAGCAUCACAAAUUCGACUACAAUCAACAGGUACCAACUCUGCACAGAGCAAUCCUUUCCUAAGAUAUGUACGUACCUUAAAAUGGGUUUGGAUUCCAACUGGCGUAGGCCUUGCUUAUAUUAGCUACCAGCAGUUAGGACACAUCAUAAAACGAGAAAAACGGAAAAUUAAUCAAGCUGAAGAGCCAAGUGCAAUAGUGGCCAAAGACUGGCAGGUGUCCCUAUAUAAACGUAUGCCUCUGAAGGCGAUGUCUCGAGCAUGGGGUAAAUUCAACAGCCUUGAUCUACCUAUGUGGCUUAGGCAGCCUGCCUAUAAACUCUAUAUUUGGAUGUUCGACUGUAAAUUAGAAGAGGCUGCUAUUGAAGACUUAAAGCAUUAUAAAAAUCUUGGGGAAUUUUUCCGGCGAUCUCUAAAACCGAAUGUGCGUCCCAUCGCACAUACAGCUUCCAUUACUAGUCCGUCUGAUGGAAAAGUGUUGCAUUAUGGGAAAGUUGAAGGUGGCUAUGUUGAACAAGUGAAAGGUGUCACAUAUUCCCUCCAGGGCUUCUUAGGCCCUCCUCCUGGACCAACUGGCGAGAAUUGUGGGACUCAAAGUGAUGACGCAUUCCAGAAGUGUUUGAAGCACAAUCCAGAUCACACUGCCCUCUAUCAUUGUAUUAUCUACCUCGCUCCAGGGGAUUACCAUAGGUUUCAUUCUCCUGUUGAAUGGAACGUGCACUUCAGGCGACAUUUUCCAGGAGAGCUCUUCAGUGUAAACCCAGGAGUAGCAAGGUGGAUUCAAGGUUUAUUUAACUUUAAUGAGAGAGCUGUUUACACAGGAGAAUGGCAGCAUGGAUUCUUCAGUUUGGCAGCAGUUGGUGCUACGAAUGUUGGCUCUAUCAAAGUUUAUUGUGAUAAGGAUCUGAUGACAAACAGUCAUCUCCAUAAAAACAGUCCACCAGGCACAACAUUUGACGCAUGUUUCACAGACACCAAUCAUAAUGACGCUGGAAUUAACUUUAAGAAAGGCGAAAGUUUUGGAGAGUUUAAUCUCGGCUCAACUAUCGUGCUCAUCUUUGAGGCGCCAGACACAUUUCAGUUUAACGUAGAACCAGGCCAGAAAAUUAAAUUCGGACAAUCUUUAGGAGAUUUUAGCUCAAAGAAGGGUUUUGAGAAAAAAACGACUUGAUGAAGUUUUUUUCUCUCUACGCCCUGUGCCCCCUCGGCUUUAAGCUCUCAGCCUGAUUCAUUACAUUAUCAUGUGAAUGCCUUUGUCCAGAGUAAAUGCUUUCUAAAGAGUCAACAUAAACCAGUUAUCAUAACUAGAUUGAUUAAAAAAUCUUCUAAGUAGUGAUCUGGCAAAUAUCUGAUUGACUUUCGCUUCCUAUGUAAUUAUUCAGUAUUGGUUUUUACAUGCAUUUUUUUUACAAUUCGAGUGGUAGUUGUAAAUAUAUAUGG